AUGGGUCCUACCUUACCUACUACUCAUCCAUCCUUUUUAGUACUGUCACUAGUAUGUGGUACAACUGUAUUUGUUUCUGGAGCAGCUAGAAACUUCAGACCUAAUCUCUAUGGUAGUUACAAUCUCUAUUCCAAUUGGCAAGAGGGAUGGGUUCCAACUGAAUCGGACACUGCACUGAUUGCAGGACCUCAUUCCAAUGUUGAAUCCGACAGCUGGGUCAACUCUAUCCAAACACUCGACAUAGGUUCGCCAAGUGCCAUCAGCAACAAUGUAUCUCUUAGAAUCUCUACCAACGCCCAGAUCACUGCCAGUGUCGGUAUCUUUAUCAACAACAACGCUUCUUUCACUGUAAACGGUUCGACAAUCUACGGUCCAAUCACUGUCCAACCAUACGGAAGAUUGAUCACUCAAAGCUGGGGAACAUGGUAUGUCUACAACAAUUUCCAAACCAUCAGAGUAAAUGAACGUGCCAGCUCCAACAUCGGUGAAUUCAGCAAAAUCCAAAAAUUCAUUAACCGUGGUGAUUCCGUCUUUUCCGGUGUAAGACUCUACAUCGAUACCCUCCAAAACUAUCAAUCCAAUAUUGCCGGAUAUUUAUCUUGGAUUCUCUUUGACACUGCCACUCCAUCUUUUGUUAAUUUUAAUUCUGAAGGUGGAUCAAUUGAUUUCCUAAGUUCAACAAGUGCUAUGAAUUACACAAUGUUUUCAUUGACUGAAGUUGGAUCAUUCAACAGUAGUUUUAACUUUGCUUCUGGAAGUGUCAGUUUGGUUACUGGUUCCACUUUGGAUCUCGAUUAUUCAAAUGUCAGUCUGAUCAACUCAGCCAUCAACAACGUCAACUCAACUUACUAUUUGCUCGGUUCCAAUCUUGUUAGCAAUGGUGGAAGUUUCUACUUGAGCAACUCAAAGAUCGUUGGUUUCUCUGGAUCCAAACUAACAUUCACCAACACUGAUCUGCAAAUCACCAAUUCCAACGUUUCCUUGGUUCAAAGUAAACUCUCCAACAAUAACAACCUUGUUGUUAACCAAGUCAAUCUCACUCUCGACAAUUCCUCCAUCCAAAUGCCAGGUUUCACAUUGACCACCAACUCUGGAUCGAACAUCGGUGUGUUCGGUGCCUCGGUCAUCAACGGUUCACUCAACACCGCCAACACCAUCUCAUUCAGAGUUAGCAGCCCAACUUCCUACAGCCAUUUAAAUAUCACCCAACUCGCAACUCUAAGUGGAUCAAUCGAUAUUGAUGUCCAACCAAAUGUCUACAACGGUGCAAUCCCAUUGAUUUCAUUCGGCCAAACACCAGCCAUCUCCAGUUCCCUUCGUGUAAACAUUCGUUCAAGCAAUAGCACCGACUUCAACACUGCUUUGCAAACCUGUGCAUCCUACAUGUUCACCGCCAACCAACUUUUGGUCAACUUCACCAAUUGUGCACCAUCUUCGACCACCACUUCCUCUGCUACCACAACCACUUCCACUGGCCCAAUUACCAUAACCACUACCACAACAUCAUGUGGAUGUCCAACCACCAGUGGUUCAUCGAUAUCUGGUUCUGGAUCUACUUCAUCCUCUCCAUGCACCACAACUACCACUGGUCCAUCUACUCAUUUGGUAUAUAAUUUGAUUAUUUUGAAUAAAAGAUCACUCACCACCGUUUUUAUUUUCUACAAUACACAAGAAUGGGAUCUCAUAGGUGGUUCAAUCAGUCUACCAGCACCAUUUAAUCUUGACCUGAGUAGAUUGGUCAAUAACCCACCUACACCUGCAGGUGUCUCUCAUCCACUUUCGACCGCACCAGAAACCAAUCCCACAUCAGACUCUCAACUAUUGAAAUUUGUUCAGAUUCCAAACUCUAACAUGAGUACUUAA